AAGGAAGGAAGGAAGGAAGGAAGGAAGGAAGGAAGGAAAGAAAGAAAGAAAGACAGGUUUAGAACUUGCCUGGGUUUAUAAAAAGAGAGAGCAGGUCACAACGUCACAGUGUUAACAUUUGGUGGGACGCGGGUAGAGCCGGUGCAGACUCUGGCCCUGUGGCACUCGGGGUUGAUUUUUCUUUCACUUUGCAAACGUUUCUGGUGGGCGGAACAUUUCGUCAUCUCUUUAUUUCCUAAGCUGUGUUUCAACUUCCUUCUGGAGUUAGUCCUUUUCUGCACUAAUCACAGUUCUUUGCAGAAGAGAACCUGACACAGUGUGGGCAGCCACAGCUAUUAAAUGCACCCCUGAAAGGUCUGCAAAAUGAAAUCACCAGUGAAGUUUCUGUGGCUUAUGUUAUGGACCGUUUGUAUAGCAGAAGAUUGUAAAGAACCUCCUCCAAACACACAGACAGAAAUUCUCUCAGGUUCCUGGAAUGAUCCACAGUAUGCGGAGGGCACUCAGGCCAUAUAUAAAUGUCGCCCUGGAUAUCGAAGUUUCGGUGCUAUUGCAAAGGUGUGCAGAAGCGGAGAGUGGGUGGCCCUUCAUCCAUCGAGGAUUUGUCACAAACGGCCCUGUGGGUACCCUGGCGACACUGCCUUCGGUUCAUUUGAUCUGGAGGAAGGAAGUGAGUUUGUGUACGGUGCCACGGCGAUUUACACGUGUAAUGAGGGGUAUAAGCUGGUAGGUGAGAUUAAUUUCCGAAAAUGUGAAGCAGACGGAUUGUGGACCAAUGAUGUUCCUGUAUGUGAAGUCGUUAAGUGUUUACCAGUGGCAGAACCAGAGAACGGUAGAAUCGUCAGUUCUGCGUUGGAAAUGAACCAGGAAUACACUUUUGGGCAAGUGAUACGAUUUGAGUGUAACCCGGGCUUCAUGCUUGAUGCAGCUAAAGAGAUUCAUUGCUCAGUGGAUGGAGCUUGGAGUGGAGAGAAACCCAACUGUGUGGAAAUUUCGUGUAAGGUACCACGCAUUCCAAAUGGACAGCCUAUAUCCCUGAAGAACACUUAUAAAGAAAAUGAACGACUUCAAUAUAAAUGUCUCAGAGGCUAUAGUUACAGUGGGAGAGCAGAUGCCGUGUGCACGAAAUCUGGGUGGACUCCACCCCCUGCAUGUAAAGAAAUGACAUGUGAUCCUCCACAUAUUGCAAAUGGUGGCUACGGUCCUAAAAGGAACACAUACAGACUCGAGGAUGAAGUCACAUACUGGUGCAAAGAUGGCUUUUAUCCCGUGACCCGAGGAUCCACGGCCAAAUGCACGAGAACCGGCUGGGAGCCGCCUCCACGAUGCAGCUGUAAGUUCCAGGCACGUCUUGACCUGCUUCUUAACUCUGAAAUUGCUUUCUCUGAAACACGCAAAAAUGGAGACCCGGAAGGUCCAAAUGUUUGCCUUAUGUCAAUGCAAAGCAGAGGAUUUUCGAGGCUUCUUUGCUUUUACAAAGCAGCCAAUGACAAGUUGGAAAAAACCAUAUCAUUGUAAGUGAGAAACCCAUUU